CUGUCAUUAGAAUCAAUAAUAAUAAACAUUAUUCCGAUCGAUUGAUAGAUAUUUGAAGCUCAAUUCUGGUGGUUAAAAUACUCGUAACGACGUAAGCGACAAGUUCAGGACUCAAGCUUUCCUGCGACAGACUUAUUAGUCUACGCCAUGGUAAAACCGAAAGUAUCGCUGACUCUCAAUGGCAAAGAGGUGUUUUAUUCUGGGGAAACCGUACGAGGCUCCCUCGUUAUUCAACUAAGCGAAGUCAUCAAAGCGAAAUCUGUGUUCGUUUUGUUGGUCGGGAAAGCCCAUUGGAGAGAUCCCACUCAAAAUGAUUUGGCUGUUUCAAAAAAAAAUCUGAAAUUUUUCUUGGUUAGAAAAAUCACGUUAGUCAGCCCACAAUCACAACAACGCGAGUCGACUAUCGUUCUUAAUAGUGGUGAACAUACAUAUCCCUUCGUAUUCAAACUUCCGUCGAAAGUGCCAUCUUCCUUCUACGUAUACCAUAAAGACGGCUAUUUUUCUGAUGGUGUUUCAUACGCUAUUAAGGCGAAUAUUGACGUCGACAAGAAAUUCUAUGAAGUGACGAAAAAAUAUUGGAAAAAAUUUUAUGUUCACGAAGUGAGCAAUCUUAGCCUUAUUCCAGAUUCGCUUAAGUACAGCGAAAUUACAGCUGAGAAAGAUGUUCGGUCGUUCUUUGGUGUUAACUACGGUGCAGUUUAUGUCAAGUUGUCUGUGCCAAGAAGAGGCUAUUAUCUUGGCGAUUCUAUCGAAGCGACGAUCGAAAUUGAUCACGCUUUUUUCAGAAAUCACACCAAAAAUGUAGCACUUGAGUUGUUGCGAGACACCUUAAUUUUCGAAUCCAAAAAAAUACGAAGACAACGUUUGACAAUAGAGAAGCGUUUACUUCAAGACGCAAUUCAAACAGGCUUAUCGUACACGUUUUCUGAAGUCAUUUCUGUUCCUGAGAAUAUCGUUCCUGAGUUAUUUGUUGAAGAUUUUCUGCGGGUCGAAUACUCGCUUGCCCUCACAGUGACACCAGCAAUGGCCCGAGAUAUCGUAUGUCGUCUUCCUCUUAACAUUGUAAAAUACGCAGAAAUUGAAAUGAGGAAAUUGAAAUGAGGACAUUCUCUACACAUGCAUGCACCUGAUCACAAUUAGAUUUCUGAGUGAGAGAUGAUUUCUCACUAGUUCAAAGCGCUUUUUAACUUGAAAAUAUUUCCUAAUUCAAGCCAUGCACGUUUACAUGCACUACACUCGAUUUAUUGGCACCAUGGAACGGCUAAAAAGGGUGCCCCCCUUGCCCAUUUCGUCCGUGCUCGCUCUUUGUUUGGUAGUAGUUUGAAGAUUAACAAAAAUUGGGCACGGGUACCAAUUUUAGCUUUACCGUGCCAAUAAAUUGAGUGCAGCGGUAAACGGGGCUUCAGUCUUAUGUAUUUUAAUUCUAUUUGCAUGGUACUUUAAAAGCAGCUAAUAUAUGAAACACUUCCCUCCUGACAUUAAAUAUAUUAAACACAAGAAACCCAGAGUAUUUCAAAAUCUCUGGCCCCGAUUAAUUUAAGUCAUUGCGAUAAUAUUCACGAUCAAGGUUACGAACUAUGCGAAUGUCACGAGAAACUCGCAUUAAAUUUACCCGCGCGUUGCAAAUAUAGACACACAAUAAGAAUCAUAAACUUCCUCUAUAGAUAUGGCCAGUCUUGUGACUUCCUCGGCCUAAAAGGUGAUAACUAUAUAUAGGUUAUAAUCCGUCGAAUCUUGCUCGCUUAUUGUUAAGUUUAAGGUCGAAAGUUUUGAAAGGACAUGUCGAAUCAAAGUGCAUAUAACAGCCAAGGUUGUAGGUUUCACUUUAAGAAUUUUGUUGUUGGUCACGUUCAGUGACUUUCGCCUGUAUUCUAAAAGCUCACUCACACUCAAACUCAUUGAGUGGGAGAUCCUAAUCUUCUCAUAACGUUUCCAUGGCGGUAUUUCGAGCCGAAAAGGGGCUUGAUUUUCAG